UUCAAGAAAUACUAAACACUUAUAGUUUUGUGCGGACAAUUAUUAGGUAAUACAAGCUAUAAUCUAUUCAGUGUUUCGGCUCAUUCACAGUUUGGAAAGGAUAUCGCAAUGAAAUACGCAUUGAAAACCUUGUUAUAAUCAGAUCAGCAGGUUCUACGGCAGCUGAUGGCCGUCUGCACGUCGACUCCAAGUUCAACCAUCAGGGUGGCCGGGGGUAGAGAAACAUUGUUCUGAAUGUUGAUACGACGUCGUCGCUGUGGCGAUGAUGCAAGGGCUGGAGGUGGCGAGUGACGAGGCUGACCAUCUACUGCACAUUGCGUCACAGCGAGCGCACACUGUGCCGGAUGCCAAUGGCAAGUCUUCCUGCUUCUCAAUACACCAGAAGCUAAGAGAACUUUAUGUUGAAGAGUGUGCCAAAGCCUCCCAACAGCCUCUUCAGUACCUGAGACCAAGCUCACAUCUACUAGAGAAGUUGGUGGCCCGAGAGCAACUCAACACUCUAGUCCUAAACCUCUACCCUGGAAACAAAGGCUACUCCCUUAGUAUCCAGAUGGGGGGAGAUAAACUGUCUAUUGAAACUGCCAAGUUUGCCUACCAGGAGGAUGUACUAUUGAGCUAUAUAGACAACGAAGAGUUACCUCCUACGUUGACAGACCUGCUAGAGAGAAGUCACCCAGAGUUGUUCUACAGUGGCUGUGUGAUAGUACAGGUGCGGGAUUACCGUCAGACCUUCCCUCACUUUGUGUGUGAUACUCACCAUGUUCUUCUGCGACCUACUACUCAGAACCUGAUAAAUGAUGUAAACCUACUUACAUCAGAGGGAGAGUGGACGCCAGAAGAGAGACUGGCUCUAGAGAGUCAACUAGUGUUGGCCACUGCUGGACCUCUGUGUCUAGACCCUUCACCUGCUGUCAGUCUUGUUCAACAAAGGUUACACCAUAGGCGGCAUGCACUCAACACUCCUGCCCUGAGGUAUGCAGCGAGGAGGCACGGGCAGAUAUCAGCCAACCGCAAGCGAAAGUUAGACCAGUUAUCUGCCAAACCUCUACCUCACCUGGCGGAUUUCAUCAGUCGACGCAAGACUCAGCCCUCGCGUCACGCUGCACGCCAACCCUCCACACAGCCCUCCGUCACGCAGUCGUCCAAGGUGCAGAAGAAGGAUGAUAGUAUAGACUACUUGGCGGAUGUGCAGAGGUUCAGCAAGCCUUUAGACAGGCCAGUAGAGACAAUAGACUGCACUCCAGUGUUAGCAGAGGAAUACAUACUGGAGACGGAGCGAGGGCCAGGCCGAGUGUACUACAUCAAAUUGUCAAUACUGCAGCGGCCCAGUAACUGCGAGUACCUCGGCCAACUGUAUGUGGACAAGGAGUACAGGGAGGGGGAGAGCAACGGCGCGUCCUGCAGGUUUAGCUUAGGGUCAAGAGCACAAGCGAAUCGUUACAUCCAGCAGUUUACGGAAAUCUUCACUGAGGAGGGCAGAAAAUCAGUGAAGAUCACUCAUGUUGUACCUGGUCAACCUGCCAGAGUGAUAUGCACAGCGGGUAUGAGGGAACGUGAUGCCCGCAUGGCAGCACUUGUACAUCAACAACAGACUGCUCACACAUUGAAACAGGUGCUAUGUGCAAUGUCACAGCACAACCUGAAGCUACAGAAGGCGCAGAGAGAGCAGCAGGUGUCUAGUGUUGACAACGCGGCCUCGACACUCGGUGUCAACGGACUGGUGUCUCACAACGGUCCUGUCACCAACGGAGACAUCACAUCAUCACCUUCACACAGUAUACCUCAGCAGCAACAAACCAAACCUGUGAUCAUGACCAACCCUGCCAUCAGUGCUUUAGCUAAUGACCUGAAGAACUCUGCCCAGCAGUACCAACAACAGCAGCAGGCAGCAGCAAACGCGGCAGCUGCAGCAGCAGCGGCGGCGGCGGCAAGUGCGUCGAGUGCGGCAAACGCAACAACCGUCAACUUUGUCAACAGCCAGGGUGCGCCAGUGACCAACAACCAUCACAGCAAUGCUGCAAUACUGAGCCUACUCAACAGCAACCCGUCGUCUGCUGCUGCUCAGAACCCCACCCUCAACCAACUGCUCAACAACGUCAUCACUCCCCCCAACAAGCAACAGGUGCUAACGACGAGGAAGAUGACUCUGACACACAUCAAUCCUCGUUCUAUAGCCAUCAGUCCGUCCCAGCAGACGCAGGCGCAGCCCGUGCGAGUGAGUCUGUCGUCCCUAACCAACCAACUGUCGUCACCCCAGGCUCGUGUACAGUACAGUACCACGGGGGUGAGGAGACUUAGUGAUAACAACAACUCCCCUACUACCAGUCUGGGCCUCUCCAUGCCUGGUCUAUCUGCACUUUUGGCUGGUACUCCCUCGGCUGACAACCCAGUGCCAGGGGCCAACAGUUCCAACAGUGCAUUACUAGAGCGACUGUCCACCCCUCCCUCCUACCCCUCGUCUAGUCCCAAGCCUCCCCCUGCCCCCUCGCCCACCGCCUCAGCCUCCGCUACAGCUGUGAGCCUCAACCUAGCCAGUGUACAAGGUGCCCUCGCCUCAAUACCUGGCCUACAAAAUGUACAGGUGUCAAUACCAGGCCUUCCUGUGCCUAUAUCAAUGUCUAUCAACAAUUCUUCUCCACACAUUGUUACCUCGCUACCUGUUAAUGCCUCGUUGCCUGUGAGUAUUAUGACCACCACAAACCUAGCCGCAGUGACUGUCAGUGGCAACUCCCCCGGUGCUACACUCGUCUUUACCAACUCCUCUCCUAUGACGGCGCAGCUGCUAUCUGCAGGCAAGACACAGGUGGCAGCUCAGACCCUUCGUACAACUGGAACCCCCAACACCUGCAAUAUUGGUGGCCAGUCCAUUCAACUGGUAGGAUUACAGAGGCCACGAGGGGUUGUAGCUGCUACGACCACAGCAAAACCUACACUGAUGGCGCGGUCUGUCAUCAACAAUCAGCGACACACACUCAAGGUGGCACCCGCCAAUACAGUGGUGAGGACAGCUGACAUGAGUGGGACCAGUGGCCAAGUGUUGACUCUCUCCUCACAUCAGCAGAUACAGAUACAGGCUCUGCAGAAACAAGCUCUGCAACUGCAGCAGUUCCCUCAGCAGACCGCAGCAGGCAUCACAGUGAAACAUCAGCGACGACGCAGUACCGCAGACAACAAGUAGCACUGACUCAUCAUUUGUUGGUUGUAAUCUUUUUAUUUAUUUACCUAUAUUUAUAUGAUCAAACUGAGAUAAACAUUUACAAUAAUUACAAUUACAUGUUUUAUGUGAAAUUAAAUUUUUACAGUCUUUUAAAGAUAAUGGAUUAUUUUAUUGAUUUUGAUUUGUAUUUAGAUUUUGAUUUUAUCGAAUGACAGUUAUUUUAGUAUUUUAAAUUGAACAACAGUUUAUUUUAUGUAUUUUUUUAAUUGUAAGUUACAGUUAUUUUUUUAAGGUUACUGAUUGAAGUGAAAUAAUAAAUUGUGAUUAUAUAUUUUGUUAUUUUUUUGUGUGAGGUGGAGUGAUCUCUAGGUACACAAUGAAUUGUUGUAAAUACUUAUGGACAUUUUUCAAUUGUUCCUUGUGAAAUGUAAAUUAACUUUAUCAUAACUAUUAGUAAUUUUCUUAUUUUUAUAUGUUUGUACUAUAACUUUAUUUGAUUGUUUUAGUAACCGUUUUAUAUAGCUUCUAAAGCAUCAGGAAAUGCUUUGUCGUUUGAACCCUGUUUAUUUUUUAGUACUUAAAUUCUUCUUGUACAAAAAUUGUUGUGUUUUAAGUUUAACUAAAUCAAAUCAUUUUAUUCUGUCCGCAAAAUAGUUUAUAAAUAGGUGGUGUGGUUGUAUUCACAAUGCAAAUCAUCUUUUUGGCACUGUUUUACAAUAUAAUAAAAAUUCUUUAUUUUUUAUUGAUUAGAAAAAAAAUGGAAUUAUUUUUGUAUUAGAUUAAUAAUAUUGAUUAUUUAGGAAGACCAAUACUUUAAUUUACUGUUUUUAGUUUUGACAGAUCAAGUGAGUAGUGUAGUUAGUUUUGAUACAAUGUUUAAACUUUAAACACUGCCAAUAUAUAGAAUAACAUAGGUAUUAUGUUAAUGAAAAAUAGUACGGUAUUAUGAAUAAAACCAUCUUUAUUUCGCUUAAA